AGGGGGCGCCCUUUCGGUGGGUCCACGCCGCACUGCCCCGCGAGCGAAGGAAUACGGCGGUGCAGACUAGGGCGUCCUAUCCACGCGUGCUCCACAAGCCGGCCCGGUCCAAGUUGAAAAGGACAAAAAGAAGGCAAUAAAUGCUAAAGGGGAGAGAAGGAGACAGAGAGAAGAGAGAGAGGAAGCCAGACCGAGCGGCAACUCCCAGCCCGGGCUGCAAGAGAAGGAGGCGGGAGCGGGAGAGAGCGGGCGCGCGCGAGGGCGAGCCGUGCACGGGAAGAAACUGACACCCGGACCCCCCACUUCUCCUGCACGGUGCUGGCAAUCAGAUCGCGUUUAAGCAAUUUCCUGAGCCCGAGAAUAGCAAUGAGUCGGGAGACUUUGGCGGACUGAAAUUGGGAGCUGCAGUCACUCCCCAGUCCGGGGAGUUUCGUCCACCGCCUCCUACCUCCUCCCCCUGUGCCCGGCUCCGCCGCGCGGAGGAUGGUGUGGAAAUGGCUGGGCGCGCUGGUAGUGUUCCCUCUGCAAAUGAUCUAUCUGGUGACCAAAGCAGCCGUGGGACUGGUGUUGCCCCCCAAGCUUCGGGACCUGUCCCGGGAGUCAGUCCUCAUCACCGGCGGUGGGAGAGGCAUCGGGCGCCACCUCGCUCGGGAGUUCGCAGAGCGUGGCGCCAGAAAGAUUAUUCUCUGGGGCCGGACUGAGAAAUGCCUGAAAGAGACCACAGAGGAGAUUCGGCAGAUGGGCACUGAGUGCCACUACUUCGUCUGUGAUGUGGGCAACCGGGAAGAGGUGUACCAGAUGGCCAAAGCUGUCAGAGAGAAGGUGGGUGACAUCACCAUCCUGGUGAACAAUGCCGCUGUGGUCCACGGGAAGAGCUUGAUGGACAGUGAUGAUGAUGCCCUCCUCAAGUCCCAGCACGUCAACACCCUGGGCCAGUUCUGGACCACCAAGGCCUUUUUGCCGCGUAUGCUGGAGCUGCAGAACGGCCAUAUCGUGUGCCUCAACUCCGUGCUUGCGCUGUCGGCCAUCCCCGGUGCCAUCGACUACUGCACUUCGAAGGCGUCGGCCUUCGCCUUCAUGGAGAGCCUGACCCUGGGGCUGCUGGACUGUCCUGGUGUCAGCGCCACCACCGUGCUGCCGUUUCACACCAGCACCGAGAUGUUCCAGGGCAUGCGAGUCAGGUUUCCCAACCUCUUCCCGCCGUUGAAGCCAGAGACAGUAGCCCGGAGGACGGUCGAAGCUGUGCAGCAAAACCAGGCCCUUCUCUUGCUCCCGUGGACUAUGAAUAUCCUCAUUAUCUUGAAAAGCAUACUCCCACAGGCGGCACUGGAGGAGAUCCACAGGUUCUCAGGGACGUACACCUGUAUGAACACCUUUAAGGGGAGGACAUAGAGGCUCCUGAGACACACCUGAGGAGCCAUGGAGCCCGAGGGGAGCCACAGUACCCGGGGACACGCCUGUGUGCCGGCACGUCUGCUGGGUGAGCAGGACUGUUCCUGUCCCCAGCAAAGAUUCUGCGGCUCCCGGGUCAACUCCAGGACCUUCGUGCAGGACUGAUGCGUGUAACUCUGACCCCCAUGGGGAGGCGAGACGCCGUUCAGCAGCCACCUGACAGUUUUGUACCUUUCUCACUCUGUAGGUUUAUUGUUAAAUUGCUUCUCCAGUCUAACCCGCCUGAGCAGCGUGCAUCGACGAUUUCCAGGAGAGUCUGUCCUCAGACACUCUGCCUUCCCCUCCAAACCCUGUCACCCUCAGCUCAUGCAAACUGGUUAAUAAAGGGGUGGCUUGCGCA